CUGGACAAAGAAAAAUGCGGCAAGCAAAUAUCAUUGCCGUAGCGUGUAUCUGCACCUUUUGCUUCACAUGGCCGCCUGUUUUCGGUGAUUCCAAUACGGAGACAAAGGAUGUCGUAGAUAUAAUGAAGCUUUUUAAGAAGCACUCCUCUGGGGUCGCCAUACUAGACACUGACAACGAUGGAGAUCUCGAUUGUGUGACCGCCGUCCGAACAAAAUAUGAUGACGAUGGACCGACUGCUGAUUACGUCUGGCUUCUCAAGGGCCUGAACGGCCAUGUGAAAAAGAACAUCACGUACCACUUCGAGAAAGGAGACGCACCGGACAAGGCGUUCGUCACCAUCGAUGAUGAUGACGGUCAAAUGCAGGAAGCGAGAGCCCUCUAUGACGACUACCAGACGUGCGCCGUGUUGGAGUUUCCAUAUAAGAGAAAUCCACGGUGCAUGCUAUGGACUACGGAUGAAGUUAAAGACAAUGUUCCAAGUGAAUGUACCGAGCAAUUUCGAAAGAAGUGCGCCGUAGAAGUUGUGGUCUACGAUAAGGAGUCUUGCAGUCAAGUGUAAAUGAAUGGAGACGGAGAAAUGACAGCUGGUUAAGGGUGCUACCCAGUGCUUUUGUAUUUGCAUACUCCGCCGAAAAUAAAAUGCUGAAAAAAUAUCUGCA